AUGCCUCCGGAGCACCAGGACUCGCAACACUCUGAAUACGGCCAGAGUGGCUGGAUGAGCAUGCCAAAUGCUUACUCCAGCAGUCCCCAGACAACCAUGUCGCCGAUUCACGAAUUCCCUCCUUUUGAAUACCAUCCAACCACGCCAAUGCCAAUGGAACCGUCGUACAACAUGCCCAGACUAUCGCCCUUUGCUGCUUCUCAUGCGCAGAUGCCACCGCCAUUGAUCAUGCCUCACAGCGGGUUAUGGCCGAGUAUGUUGGCAAGCCAACCCCAGACCUAUCAUACCCCGAUUUUGCCGUCUGGAGUCCUUCAAACCCCCUUGUCGGCAAGCACUGGAUCCGAUAUGACGCCGACAAGUGCCAAGACGACGACUUCACGUCGCAAGUUGACCGACGACGAACGUCGUCAGAUGUGCAUCGAGGCCGAGCAGAACCCAACCAUGAAGCAAACCCAGAUAGGAGCCAAGUUCAACGUGGAGAGAAGCACCGUGUCGAAGAUCCUGCGACAGCGUGACAAGUAUAUGAAUCCACAGCCGAAAGACGAGAACACUAGCCCUGGUAAGAAAUCGAAGGCAAAGCUGCCCGACUUUGAGAAGACCCUUUCCAACUGGGUCAAAAACCAACAGAAGAAAGGAUUGCCAGUCUCCGAUGAAGACCUCCGUAAACAAGCCCAAGUUUUCUCCUUCAGCAGAAAUGACCAGGCCGUGCUGUCCAGUGUAGCCUGGCUCGACAAAUUCAAGCGCAAGAAUCACCUGGGAGCCUCGAACCCCGGGGAAGAGGAAGCGCUGAUGGACUCUAACACGGCAUCGCUCUCGCCCGGAGGCGAGUCCCCAAGAUCGUCAAAUGGUCUUGUCUCGCCCCCAAUGUCUGCCAUCGAUGAAUCAGGAAACGACAACAGUGUCAAGAUGGAAACCCCACGGGGAUUCUUCGACUUCGAGGGUAGAAGUCCUUUCGACCGCGCGCCGAAGAUGGGUGCACAGAUGGCCGACGAAAUUGCUCAACUCGCCCAGGACUCCAUGCUCUCUCCAUCGUCACCUGAAAUGGUACGACAAGAUCCGGAUGCGAUGUCAUUGGUGUCAUUGACGAGCGGUGCACAAGACCACUCGGAAGUUUCGAACCGCCAGAGAAGCCAGACUUAUCCACAUGCUCCAAAUCUAGGCUCUGAUUCGCGACCUCCCUCAUCUGGCCGGAAGGGGCCCUCCCUUCCCGUUCGGUCCUUGACCAACACCACAAUUGAGACUCGGCCUGUCGGCAUUGACCCUCGACAAAUGAUGAAACGGCAUAAAAGUGUUCCUGAUAUUCACUGCCCUGAGGAAGCGCACUUCUCAACCAUGCAACCACCUCCAUUGCCUAAGUCGGCAGACACUUCCCCAGUCAGCCACCCUGCAUCGCCUGCGGAGGAUGAUAACAUUCGAGCACUGCAUUCAAUUAAGGCCUUGCUAGAGCAAAACCCCACUGUCGCCGAGCCGGACGACUAUCUAGCCAUUGGAAAAUUGAUGCAAAAGAUGAAGCUGCUACGUCCAGGCACCGCUAUGUUGCCAGGCGGUAUGCACGCGAUCGAUAUCAUGGAUAGUCCUCGAAUCUCCAAGAAGAGGACCAUCCUUGGGAUUUCAACAUAG